GACCCACCCCUUCUUCAUCGCCGGCCUAUAUAGUCCGUGCCAGAACGCGUAAGGAAACAGUCCUUUCUCUCCGGCGUUGCCAAAAUGAUGCAAAACGAGGUCUUCGCGUCUUUCCUUUUCUUCGCUACGCUUUUGAUCUUGAAGAUGUUCGCCGUGGCCAUCCUCACGGGGCAAGUCAGACUUCGGAGAAAGGCAUUUGCCAACCCUGAGGACGCGCUGAAACAUGGUGGCUUGGAGUUCCACAGAGAAGACCCCUAUGUGCAGAGGUGCCUCAGAGUUCAUCGCAACGAUAUGGAAACCAUCUUCCCGUUUCUGUUCAUUGGGGCCGUCUAUAGCUUCCUGCAUCCCAAUCCACUGGUGGCUCGGAUCCACUUUCUGAUUUUCUUCCUCGGCCGGAUGGUUCACACCGUGGCGUAUCUCCUGAAGCUGAGACCUCCCAUCCGGUCCGUGGCCUACAGCGUGGCUCAGAUUCCAUGUUUCUCCAUGGCCUUGCAGAUCCUCAUUUCGGUGAUCCGACGUUAGUGGCCAUCAGUGGCCUUCGUCUCCAGUGGGCCUUGCGUGAUGUGAAAUGGAGGACGUGAAGGGAUAGCAAGAAUCCAAAUGGAGGGAAUCAAUGCUUCACCCUAGGGCUGAGUUAACCAGUUCUGGCUUCUCUCUUAGGAGAACAAGACUAUAAUGGAUGGAUUUCUUAUCUCCUGAUCUCUUGCUUGUAAGGGGCGGAUGAUACUUUUGCAAGGGCCAGGUUGGCUUGGGAGAACUUGGAAGAUGUGGGCAAUCCAGAAGCAUCACAACUUGGGUGGGUGUGAGUGGAAAGAGUUUUUCCUGCAUCAGUUGAAGGAUGAAAUACUUUUCUCAUCUAGAUGGCCACCUAACUUCAGCUGAAAUCUCUUGGGAUGCCCAUUCCAGUUACGAGAUGUUCAGAGUCCAGCAUGGGUUGAGUUAUGGACAUGACUGUUAAUCUUCACACCGUUUGUAAUUGAACAAAUAAAAACAAAAUUAAA